GAGAGAGAGAGAGAGAGAGAGAGAGAGAGAGAGAGAGAGAGAGAGAGAGAGAGAGAGAGAGAGAGAGAGGAAGAAGAAAAGGAGGAGAAGGAAGAGGAGGAGGAAGAGAGAGAGAGAGAGAGAGAGAGAGAGAGAGAGAGAGAUAACUCUUUGGCUCUUUUCAAUGAUUACUUUUUGUGA